AUGUCCGCAACAGGCAACCCAGGCGUCGGCCUUACGAACAAGUCCACGAAGCUCGAGAAGAAGCCCGUCAAGUUCUCCAACUUGCUGCUAGGCGCUGGGCUGAACAUGUUCGAGGUCACGACGCUGGGACAGCCGUUGGAGGUUAUGAAGACGACUAUGGCUGCUAAUAGGCAGGAUGGUAUGGCGGGUGCGGUUUCGAGGAUCUGGGGACGAGGUGGUGUUUUGGGAUUCUACCAAGGUCUCAUCCCCUGGGCCUGGAUCGAAGCCUCCACCAAAGGCGCCGUCCUCCUCUUCGUCGCCUCCGAAGCCGAAUACUACGCCAAGAACUUCGGCGCCAACAACUUCACUAGCGGAAUCCUUGGUGGUAUGACCGGCGGUCUGGCUCAGGCGUACGCGACCAUGGGAUUCUGUACGUGCAUGAAGACGGUGGAGAUGACGAAGCAUCGAGCAGCAUCUACCGGUGGGAAGGUUCCUGGCACCAUGGCUACGUUUAUGGAUAUCUACCGACGAGAGGGUAUUGCUGGUAUCAAUAAGGGUGUGAAUGCUGUGGCUGUUAGGCAGGUGACGAACUGGGGUUCGCGAUUCGGGCUGAGCAGAGUUGCCGAAAAUGGCAUCCGCAACAUGACCGGCAAAAACGACAGCAGCCAGAAACUCUCCGUCCCCGAGAAAAUCCUCGCUUCAGCUAUCGGUGGUGGUCUAUCAGCUUGGAACCAGCCCAUCGAAGUCGUGCGCGUGGAAAUGCAGAGUAAGAAAGAGGAUCCCAACCGUCCCAAGAAGAUGACUGUGGGCAAUACUUUCCGCUACAUUUACGGACAGAACGGUAUCAAGGGUCUGUACCGCGGUGUUGCGCCUCGCAUUGGUCUGGGGGUGUGGCAGACGGUGUGUAUGGUUGCGCUUGGCGAUGUGGCGAAGGAGAUGGUGGAGAAGGCUACGGGGGAGGCUGUUACUGCUAAGCAUUAG